AUGUCUUUCAAGUCCAAGGCCAACUUGUCCUACUCUGACGCUGUCAGAGCUUUCAACGACGAGACCUUCAUCUCAAACCUCAAUGACGCCUGCCGCCACCUCGCCAGGUCCAGUGUCAAACUCAUCCAGGCCUUCGACACCAUUAGCGACGAGCUCAACACCGUCGACAUCCGGAAAUACAAGUCAACGCCACCCAUGCGGCCGCUAUGGUUGUCUAUACAGCAGGAUUUCAAAGACGUGAUAAGGCAACAUCAAACGAGCGCUGGCUUGAUAUCGGGUCGCCUGAAGAUGUUCUAUGGACUUAUUCUACCUAUGGUAACGCGGGACGUUCACAAAGGAUCUCCACGAUCCCAUAACGAGAAGAUACAUGUUCUCAAGUCAUAUAUGAAUAUUUCUUCCGACCAUGUCACUUUUACCCAUAAUUUGGCAACAACCGCCCUGAAGCUCACCAGAAACUUGAACACCUUCCAUACCGAAUUCGCCAAAAUGUCCAGCCAAGGGGAGAAGAGCGGUCAAACAGAACUACAAGAUCUGACACACAAGCUGUCCCACGUAGAAGGUGCUGUGAAACAGUACGAAAUUCUACUACGAGUGGAGAGCUAUUUUGCUAACCAGUCCCUCCCCCCCAUUUACUUAGGUUAA